AUGGCCGGCACCGUCCCUCCACAGAGAUCGCGGCCACCGCGGCCGCAGCAAAGAAAGAGGAAGUGGAAGCCACCGGUGGAAGAGGGAGCGGCGACCAAGCCGACGGGCGAGACACCGGCUGGCGACAAGGCUGCUCGGAAGCGACAGAAGAAGAAGCGCAAUGCCACCGACGCCGACGACGGCGACAUGGACUUUGAUCUCAGCAUCAACCGUGCUGUAGCGCGAAUGGACAGCAACCUGCUGGCGAAUUACGUGGCCCGACAGACGCUGCGGUUCGGCAAAGAUCUGAGCCCGGUCGAGCUGGCCGAUCUGACACUGGAUGCCAAGCCGAUCCUCGAUACGUCGUCGUACGACAAGGACCGCACAGUCGAUAACCUGCCCCAUUUCCUCGAGACCUUCUGUGAUGGUGGCCAGAAGCACCUGUCCCAAGCGUCCAAGGACAAGGGCGCACCUCACACGAUCAUCGUCACAGGAGCCGGGAUCCGGGCGGUCGACUUGGUGCGGGCAGUCCGCUCCUUUCAGACCGCUAACAGCACGGUGUCGAAGCUGUUUGCGAAGCACAUCAAGCUGGCCGAGGCCGUCUCGUUCCUCCAGAGCCACCGCACAGGCAUCGCCGUCGGCACGCCCGCCCGACUCAUCGACCUGCUUGACAGCGGUGCUCUCUCUUUGACCCAUUUGAAGCGCAUCGUCGUCGACGCGUCGCACAUCGACCAGAAGAAACGCGGCGUUCUCGAUAUGCAGGACACGGCACUGCCGGUUGUGCGCUGGCUGGCGCGCCCCGAGCUGCGGGCGCGUUAUGGCGGCAACGAGGAAGACACCCCAACUGACAGCAAAGAUGACAAGGCGGCCCAGCCACUAUCUAUUCUGUUUUACUGA